UGGCAACGAACAAGGAGCGCAGCCACUGAAACUACAAGUCCCAGUUCCCAGCGCGGCCUCCCGACCAAUCUGAGUUCAGAGGAAUUUAUUUUGACGCUACAGGGCCGCGCGGGCGGCUUUUGUGUGAGGAAGAAUCGGGCGACGGUGACCCGGAGUCACCAGCAAUUUUUAUUAGGGGGACGGUAGCAACAAUGGGGAGGGAAUAAUCCGGGGCCCCGACUCCCGCAGUGCAAAGCACCAACCCCCCGGAAAUACCUCCCCCCGGCGGCCCGAGACAAUACAACACCCGGAUAUCGAAUUAUUAGCGCCCCACAGUCAGGCCUCGGGGCCCCGUAACACUGACUGGCGCGUAGCCGGAUAUUUUCCACCACCCGAGGAACAGAACAACCCGGCAGCCAUUUUCUUCCUCGCAGCCCGAAAACAUCUGGACAUUUCUCCACACACCCGGAUUCCGGGUCCUGCAGGGGAGGGGGCGCCGGAUAUUACGUCACAAACCCGAUUUUUUUUUGUAGGCACCCCCUCCCCCCUCGUCUCACCCGCGGGUUCCUGUCGCGAAGGCCGAGACACCCUGAUCUAGAAUGGAACAAACUGAAGGCCCUAUGAGAGAAAGGGAAAGCUGAUGAUGCCUGAGCACGACAAUGGAUUUCUCCUUCUCUUUCAUGCAAGGGAUCAUGGGAAACACAAUCCAGCAACCACCUCAACUCAUCGACUCCGCCAACAACCGGCAGGAUGAUGCCAACAGCAGUGACCAGGCAGAUGAAGGUGGGGGCACACCCUACGAUUCUGGCCUGCAAACGGACUUCCAAUACCCAACCCCCACCACUGAGGAUUUGCCUCAUCUGACCAAUGGCUACCAGCCUUCCCUGGGAUAUGAGCCACAAGGCAAAUACCAAACAUAUUCUCAAUUUCCCAAUGGCUCAUCCAAUGGAUACGGUACCAGGAACUAUACUGCUCUGGAGUAUUAUCAUCUGGAGACUGCAGCUUUACGUCCAAUUGAAGGGAUGAGUAAAGCAUCUCCUCCGGAGCCCACUUCCCCUCCCAACCUUCUCCAGGCUCCCCCAUCUUCCACUACCACCCCUCAGAAGAAGACCGGCUCCCCUGAAAUCAAGUUACGAAUCACUAAGACUAUUCAGAAUGGUCGUGAGAUGUUUGAGUCUUCACUGUGUGGAGACCUCCUUCACGAAUUUCAGGCCAGUGAGAUGACCAGGAAGAAACAUGAACGGAGGAAAGAAAGGCGAGAGAAGAGAAAAAAGACCCGGCAUCACCACCACCAUCAUCACCACCACCGCGAAGAGGUGAAAGCUGAAGAGCAGCAGCCACCCAAGAUAAAGAAACUGGAGCCACCUCCAGAGGAGGAGCGUGUACAAAAGCACUUACCAGUCUCCCCGCUCUCCCCUGAGGUCAGAACUGGUGUUUGGUUCCAUGUGGGAGACUUAGUUUGGUCUAAAGUGGGGACGUUUCCUUGGUGGCCCUGUAUGGUGUCCUGUGACCCCCAGUUACAUGUCCACAGCAAGAUCAAUACAAGAGGGGCUCGGGAAUACCACGUGCAGUUUUUCAGCAGCGAGCCAGAGAGGGCCUGGGUACAUGAGAAGCGAAUGAAGGAAUACCGCGGGGAACAGCAGUACGAGCAACUGGUGGCAGAAGACUCUGCCAGAGCAUGCAACCUCUCGGAGAAGCUCAAGAUGAAGAAACCACGGCCCCAGCGAGAGCGUGUGCAGUGGGAGAUAGGAAUUGCCCACGCAGAAAAGGCUUUGCGGAUGACACGGGAGGAGAGGAUAGAGCAAUACACCUUCAUCUAUGUAGAUGAGGAAAAAACCCCUGAAACCAAAAAACCUGUAAAUGUGGGCAAAAAGAGUCGGCGGUCCACCUCCAGCAGUGAACCUGAUUCCAACCGUCUGUCUGACGUUCUACCCUCACCUCCCCGACAGCCUCUCCCACCAUCUCCGAUCCCAUAUAACAAUAGAGACUCUCCAUCCGAAAACAGGAGGCAAAGUCAGAGGAAACCGCUGCACGAAGAGGAACAUCCGCCUCAACUGCCACCAGCAAAACUGCCAUGGAAAACAGCAGCCGCUCGCAAGUCAAUUCCUGCUUCAGUGCUACUGCAUAGGGGUACACUUGAUCUCCAGAAGUGCAACAUGUCCCCUGUGGUGAAAAUUGAAAAUGUCCUUGCUUUACAGAAUGCUACAUCUGAGGGAUUUGAGCAGUUCAUAUACACAACAAAGGAAGUCGGUAACAAGACAGAAAUUACUGUCAAAGCCCCAGAAAAAGCGUUUGCACCCUCCCCCAACCAGAAGUCUGAGAAAUCCUCGGCACAGCACACGCCUGCUCCUGAAACAUCGGGGGCCACAGGACCAUCAGAGAAGAAACAUCAGAGACGGUCCAACCGGACUCGAUCGGAAUCUGAGAAAUCCCUAGACUCCAUGCCAAAGAAAAAAGUGAAGAAGGAGCAGGCAGAAGACAUUCCUCUUACUGCAGUACAGACUGGACUUCAAAAAGGAGCCAGCGAGAUUUCCGAUGCCUGCAAGCCUCUGAAGAAGAGGAGCCGUGCUUCUACUGACGUGGAGCUAGCAAACUCCUCCUACCGAGAUGCUUCAGACUCAGACUCACGAGGCCUCAAUGACGCACAGAUCAGCUUCGAGAAGCAGCCAGACAGUCCAUCAGCCGCAGCAGAUGCAGAUGCCUCAGAUGUACAGUCUGUCGAUUCCAGUAUUUCUCAGAGGUCGAGUAAGAGAGACUCGGUGUGCCAGAUCUGUGAAAGCUUUGGAGAAUCACUGGUAUCAUGUGAUGGGGAAUGUUCUCGCUUAUUCCAUCUUGAGUGUUUGGGGAUGGAUACACUACCAGAUGGGAAGUUUAUAUGUAUGGAGUGUAAAACAGGCCUCCACACCUGCUUCUCCUGUAAGAUCCCAAGUACAAGUGUGAAGCGAUGUUCGGCUCCAUGCUGUGGAAAGUUUUAUCAUGAAACCUGCGCCCGGCAGUAUUCUGGCACCAUCUUUGAUUCCAAAGGCUUUCGCUGCCCACACCAUUGUUGUAGCUCCUGCACUGCCGACAAGGACCCGUACAGAGCGAGCAAAGGCCGCAUGCUGCGUUGUAUACGGUGCCCAGUGGCAUACCAUAAUGGGGAUAGCUGCAUUGCUGCAGGCAGCCUCCAUCUUUCAUCAAGCCUCGUCAUCUGCAGCAACCAUUCCAAGCGCAGUGGCCACGCCUCUUCCGCUGUCAAUGUGGGCUUCUGCUUUGUGUGUGCCCGAGGGCUGAUAGUUCAGGAUUAUUCCCUGGUCAGUUCUAUGUCCAUUAAGUCCCACUUUCUACUGACUGACUCAAAGCGUGCAGAGUUGAUGAAAAUACCUAUGAUUCCUUCUUCCUCGCCAGCUUACAUAAAGAAAUCUGAGAAAGGAGGUGGCAAACUCCUGUGCUGUGACUCAUGUCCAGCUGCCUUCCACCCAUCCUGCCUCAACCUGGAGAUGCCUCAAGGCUCCUGGAGCUGCAACGACUGCAGAAGUGGCAAGAAACUGCACUACAAGCAGAUUGUGUGGGUCAAGCUGGGCAACUACAGGUGGUGGCCUGCAGAGAUCUGCAACCCAAGGUCCGUUCCUCUUAAUAUCCAAGGCCUGAAGCACGACAUCGGAGACUUCCCUGUUUUCUUCUUUGGAUCACAUGACUAUUACUGGGUGCAUCAGGGCCGUGUGUUCCCCUAUGUAGAAGGAGACAAGAGCUUUGCUGAUGGCCAGACCAGCAUUAAUAAGACCUUUAAGAAAGCUUUGGAAGAGGCGGCUAGGAGAUUCCUGGAGCUGAAAGCUCAGAGAGAAAGCAAGGAGGCCCUGGAAAUUGAGCAGAACUCCAGAAAACCACCGACUUACAAGCACAUUAAGUCCAACAAACCUGUAGGGAAAGUCCAGAUCCAACUGGCAGAUGUAUCUGAAAUCCCCCGGUGUAACUGUCGUCCCACCGAUGAUACUCCCUGUGGCCUGGACAGUGAGUGUCUGAACCGCAUGCUGCUGUACGAGUGUCACCCACAGAUCUGCCCCGCAGGUGAGCAUUGCCUCAACCAGAACUUCACCAAACGACUCUACCCAGAGACCGAGAUCUUCUUCACAGAACGGAGGGGAUGGGGGCUCAGGACCAAGAGAGACAUACGCAAGGGUGAUUUUGUGAAUGAAUACGUGGGGGAGCUGAUCGAUGAGGAGGAGUGUAGGAUGCGAAUGAAGCGUGCCCAUGAAAAUGGCACCACCAAUUUCUACUUGCUCACAGUCACCAAGGAUCGCAUCAUAGAUGCCGGGCCCAAAGGCAACUAUUCUCGCUUCAUGAACCACAGCUGCAAUCCCAACUGUGAGACGCAGAAGUGGACAGUGAAUGGGGAUGUCAGAGUAGGGUUAUUUGCCCUAUGUGACAUACCUAAAGGGGCUGAAUUGACAUUUAAUUACAACCUGGACUGUUUAGGGAAUGGUCGGAGGGAGUGUCAUUGUGGUUCUGAUAAUUGCAGCGGUUUUUUAGGAGUAAGACCAAAGACAGCUUGUGCUACAGCGGCAGAGGAAAGGUCCAAAAACGCUCGUCUAAAGGCAAAGAAAAGGAAACUAAAGACAGAGCAGAAGCAAAUACACGAAGAUUUCUGUUUCCGCUGUGGAGAUGGGGGCGAGCUGGUGAUGUGCGAUAAGAGAGACUGUCCAAAAGCUUAUCAUCUCCUCUGCCUUAACUUGACACAGCCUCCUUAUGGGAAAUGGGAUUGUCCGUGGCAUCAGUGUGACAUUUGUGGAGCUGCUUCCUCGUCUUUCUGUGACUUCUGUCCAGCCUCCUUCUGCAGAGAGCACGAGAAAGCGUCGCUGACUUCUUCAGCCUUGGACGGGAGACUCUGCUGCUCGGACCAUGACCCUAGACGCCCUCUAGCCAGUGGGCUCAGGAACAAGAUUAGAUGUAAAACAGAGAGCGAUGACUCCUUGUCCCCCCCACAGUUUUAAAGCAGGUGUUGCACUUCCUAAACCCCCGACAGAGCAGACAAAUCUCUCCCCAUCACUGUUGAGACACAAAGUGCACACACCAUAUUUUAAACCUUUGCAUUGGGAUUGGAUCGUCCGCGUCCUUUCUGUGUCUUUUUGUCGUCCUCGGCGCUCUUCUUUAUUGUUACUUUUUUUUUUUAUUACUCGUGAGAUCCGUUUCCUCUUUCCCCCCCCAAGGUUGUGGUAAGCAGAUGUUGUAUUUAUUCUAUUUAUUCUAUUUUUUAUUAUUCUUUUCUGGAUUAUAAAAAAAGAAAAAAAAAAUCAAGUCUGGCGCAGGUAACCAGCUCCUUGGAUUAAGUGCUGAAGAAAAAGAGUGAUGCUUGGUAAGUGUUAUGGACCAAUAUUACCCCAAACAGAUGUCUCUUCUUAAAUCACUUCCAGAGUAUUCCUUUAAAAAGUACUUGCAGUGAGAAUAAAAAGGCACUUACUCCGCUGACACUUCAAGAGCAUUCGUUGAAGGAUGUGUAUUUAUGUCGGCAGAUUUCAAGCCCCCCUCCCCCAGGGUUAAUUCAGUUUUCUAGAAACAGAACGAGAGGAAGGGCGGCUACCUAGCCCCGUGUCUGUUUCUGAAGGAUCAUAUGAAGAAACGAUAUUCCCUGCCGCUCCUAAAUCAGAGAAGAGAAGUUGUACAGAGAAAUGGCAUCCUCCCAUCACUUUCAGCAUUCUGGACAAAUGUGCAAAUCAUUCUCCACGACCCCCCGUCUCCUUCAAAAAGAAUAGAACCUGUUGCUUCUGGAGUACCAAUAAGUGACACAUUUUGGCUUCAUCCCGAAUACACACAACGUACCUUCCAUUUUUAAUCUACGUUCUGGUGCUUUCGUUCCACGUUCUACAGCCAUCACCAAGGCAAUUUGUAAGGGGUUAUUCACAACUGUAGGUGCUUUAGUGUUACUGCACUUCACUCGUCAAAGCUGAUUGGUCGCUGUGAGUUACAGCACUGGUGCACAUUUAGAUUAUCAGUUAGCAGUCUGCUUUCUGGACAAAAACAGUGUGUUAUCUUUGUCUAAGUUUUACUUGUAUAAGAGAGACAUUUAAUUUGGACACUGUAGGUUACGUAUUGCCAAGUAUUCCCAGGUAUGUAUCUGGGGUUUUCAUCCUUUUAUUCUGUGACAGUAGACAAGUCAUGUUGUCGUUUAUUCUGGAUAUCCUGGUUAUCCUCGUCUGAAACCAGAAAUGUACAAUUCCAAUGUUAAAUGGCCAGUAAGUAUUAGUAGGAGGCCAUAGCCAAUCUUAGUCAACCCAUGCUGUCCUAUGUGCUUCGGCAGUGUACAUUCAUUAAUUGUGUUCUUUUUUUGUUUCCAUGAUAUUGACAGUUUUUACACUGCCACUGUCGGAGUGUUUAGCCUGACAGAAGGGCAAAGGCAUCUCCUGACUGCUCAGUUCUGUGGCUUCUGUCAUAUUGGUCCAUAGAACUGAGCAGAGAAGCAACAGGAGGCACUUCCUGCAUCAGUAAUUUCAGUUUUUUGACUUUCUGUCCGGCUAGUUACCGUGACGGAUGGAGUGGGGGAGGGGCAGCACUCAUGUUACACUCUCAUUCAUAAUAUCAGCAGUGUAAAAACUGCAUGAAAAUAAGAAGAAAAACACUAGUUGGAAGGUGCUUAAAACAGCUCAUUUGAAUUAUUUGGGCACAGUCUGCAUCUAUAUUGUUUGCUCAUUUGAUAGGAAAUUGUGUUUAUUCAACAAAUGUCCAGAUUUAAAGGGAUAAGGGUGCAACCUGAAGACUGGACAGGGGCACCCUCAUUCAGCCGUUACCUGUAACUGGCAUACAGUAUCUGGUCCUUCCAAUGGCUGCAUUUGUCCUUCAUUGCGACAUGACUUAAAAGAAAAGUUCAGGAGAUGAUAAAUUGGUAUUCUAAGAUAAUUUUGCAUUUGGUCUUCGGCGUUAUUGUCCGACCUUGUAACCCAUAGCAACCAAUAAGAUGUUUGCUUGGAAAAAGGGGACCAGUAAAUGCUGUCUGAUUCUGAUUGGUUACCGUGGGUGGCUAGAUCUGAAGCACUUUUAUUCAAUGAAAGGAAACAAAAUAUAGGCUCAACCCUAACAAAAGACCAGCUGGUCUCUUCCAUCCUCUGUUGUAUUUGUCACUCUUGUGCAAUAUUAUCAUUAUAUUAUACACAACUUCACUUUUUUUUUUAUCUACAAUCAGUACCCAUUGUAUGUACCUCAAUGUUAUAGACACAGACCCAGCUUCCUAAAUGACUGGGGUACCUCCUUUCUUCUAAGCACUUUGAGUGGCCGCCAUUUUCAAAUGCAAUUACCGUCCUUGUCUAAGGGUAGGACUGCACGACCAUCCAACGUGCUGCGACAAAAUGCAUGCAACGGAUAUAAGGUAAGAGAUAGAAAUGUCGGAUGAAUUUGCAGUGUUGAUCCGACGCAACACGACUAUCGGAUGCAGACCAACAACUUUAUCCGACAUUUCUAUCUACCUUAUUUCCGUUGCAUGCUAUUUGUCGCAUGCGAUUUGUCGCAUCGAGUUGGAUUACGCUGAAAACGUCUGUUUAGUCCUACCCAGAAAGGAGAAAUUAUUUACUCGUGGCUGUUGGGGAGAAUAAAUUGCAUGAUAUGCACUUAUAAGCCGCAGCUAACAACAUGGCAACGUGAUCUUCUUCCUGAAAGUCUUUCCUUUAUGCUUGUUAAGGUGGCCAUACACGGGUCAAUAAAAGCUGCUGAGAGACCAAGUCGGAAGCCCGACCAAUCAGCCAGAUGUCAAUCAGAACCGCAUUGAUUCGUUGAUGUGGUUCUUCGCUCUGGCCACCUGCAUUCCUGGCGUCGUAGUCUGAUCUUUGGGCAGUAGGGUCCACAAUUUCAUUAGCCCAAUAUCUUCCAUUCAAGGUGGGCAUAUCGGGGCAAGAUCCUCUCAUUUGGCAACCUCUCCAAACAAACGGAUCAGCCCAUGUAUGGCCACCUUUAGACCACGAAAGAAAGAGUCCACACAACGGGGCGAGGUUUUUAUUUUCCCUCUUAGGUUUUGUGCAAUUUUUUUAAAAAAAAUUCAAUCAUAACGGAAGGAAAUUCUUAUUAAAUGAGCAUGAGUGGAUUGUGAAUUAUGGGGGCAUUCCACUGCACCCAUUGUUUCUUUAUUCCUUAAUACAAAUGGAUAUACAGCUGGGUAACCAGUUGUUGCUGGAAUACAGUGGACUAAACAGAGGCAGAUAUUGGCCAAUCACAGGCAGUUUAUCUGUUCAUCAUUACAGGGCCAUUUAGUUCAAUUGUAAACAGAAUCUACAAGGAUUUAUUUAAUUCCCGUCUGAGAUGUUGGGAGUGUCCGUUUGCCUUUCAGCAACAAUCAGGUUUCCGGGUUGCAAAUCCUUUUGCCUUUGUCUAUAAUCACAGGGUUCUAGUGAGCAGUAAAUGUUAAAAAUGCAACGGAGCAUCCAUAAUUAGGUGAUAUUGUGCCAAACACACCAGCCUUUUCAGUAACUGGGUUUGUAUGUAUGGGAGGGGGUUGUUUAUUCGAUUUUUCUAUUGUGUUUUAUUUUCUCUGUUAUGUGCCAAUUUUAAGAUUGUACAAGUUUGUUGUAAUGCUCAUGCACCUGCUGUUCAUUUUAUUCCAUAAUGUUUUUUGCAGUGUUAGUACGUUCAUAUUCUUGUAUGUGAUUACCAAGCCCACAGGCCUCUUUUACACUAUCAAGAACCAGUAAAUGCUGCUAUUGAAAAGCGAUUGCCAGUCGAUAUAAGGAAUGGCCGUGGGUACGGGGGAUGUGAAUGAUUCCAAAUUGUUACUUAGCCCCUUGUGCCAAUUUGUUUUAGUAUUUUGCCGUUUAAAUCCAUUUAAGGGGCGGAGAAAUUCUGCAAUCAAA